AUGAUACUGGCAUCGACGGCACUAUUCGGCCUCAAAACAGAACGUGAGUCUGGAAAUGCGCGCAAAGCCGGUGUGGAGACGCAAAAAGUGCUUUCCAACAUAGGAAGCUUUCUACAAGGGUUCUCUGGAAUCGCAGAGAUUGUGAAAGCAGCGGACCAACAAUUUGGCGGCCUUGCUUAUGGCACCGUAUCAAUACUCGCAACCGUUGCUGUGAACAAGGCUGAACGCGAGGAAUUCAUCGAAGAAGUGUUGGAGGAACUUGCACACGCAUUCCCACGACUCAACGUUCUCGAACACAUCGAACCGCGUGACAGCCUCCGCGCUCUCAUGAUUGGAGCCUUUGAAGUAACAAUUUAUUUCUGUCGCCGAACGACCGAAUACUGUAUGGCAAGUUCGGUGAAAAGAAUCAAAGAAGCAUCCUUGAAGCGUGAUGAGAUGCUAAAGACGGUCUCACGGCUGCGCAUCAAGCUUUCGGAAAUCCACAAGGAGUGCGAAGUCAUCAUGAUGCAAGACCUGAAAGAAAUCCGGAGCACUUUGGAUGCGAUGACAAUCAAGCUCAACACCGCCGCGUUGGAAGUCAACGAAACUAAGGUCCGUUUACAAGAAGUCCAAGCGAGAGGGAAAGAGGUACAUGCGACUGGCGAGGACACCAACAAUCGGGUCCGAGAAGGCCAGGCCUGGAUGGAACGACAGGAGCAAUCGAGAGCACAGAAAGCGUACCUCUCUGAGCUCAAGAAAUCUCUGGCUAUCAAAGACAUGAUGAAAGCUCCCGAUGCGAUAUAUCGAGUUAGAAGUCUGCUACGGCGACUGGCGGAGAAUCAGGAACAGAACUGCAAGAACGCAGCACAACUUUCACCGGUCAUCCUGAAGGCCAACAAAACAUUCCGAGAGUGGAACGAAGAACCACGAUCGUCGAUGUUGGUUCUCGGAGGUUACAAUUUUGUCAGAGAUAUCGACUCCGAGCCCGAGAGCGAAGAAGAAAUGAGCUGGUUGUCCUUCGCCAGCGUAUGGUACACAGAAGAUGCACUUCGAAAACCAGGACUUACUUUGAGCUACUUUGGUCAGCUGAAUUAUACAGUCAGGAAGCAGCACCGACAUACUUUCUGGUAUGUCAUGAAGACAUUCGUCUAUCAACUCGCACAGACCCUGCCCGAGGAUUUACUGGAGCAGCAUGAGAAAGUGCUAUCAGAAACCAAUCUCUCAUCUUGGAAUGCCGCAAACAGCGUGGAAGCCAUCGAACAGAUGAUUGGUGUCCUCACCACAUUGCUAGAUGUAAUACCCGAGGACGUGCGUGUGUCAAUUGCCAUCGACCGUCUGGAUCACUGUCGAUGGGACGACUUUACUGAGAAUGGCGUAGAUGGCCUGGGUCACGCUGUCCGAUUUCUUUUACAACUUGUUCGCCACCGCAAAGUGGGUUUGAAGGUCUUGCUCGUUAUGAACAAUCAUUCUGCUGUCAAUAUCGCGAGGACACAGAAGUGGGCUGAAGAAUUUAUGUCGAUAACACAUUGGCAGCAGGAAGCUGAAGAGUAA